AUGGCAUCUUCUACAACGACGACGCCAAAGCGUCUCAUUGUUCUCUGUGACGGAACAUGGCAGAAUUCGGUGAGCGGCGAAGCGUAUAGCUAUCCUACCAACGUGACGCGCUUCUCGCGGGCCUUGAGCCAGUUCGGCGACCGGGAUGGCCAGAAAGUGCCGCAGAUCAUAUAUUAUCAGCCCGGUGUGGGAACCGGCGCCCUAGCGGAUAAGCUCGCUGGAGGAAUCUACGGCGCCGGUCUGUCCGCCUGCGUGCGCGCCGCAUACGGCUUCCUCGCCCACAACUACAAUCCAGGCGACCAGAUCUAUUUCUUCGGAUACUCGCGCGGAGCAUACACUGCGCGAGCGAUUGCCGGGCUCGUCACCAGUCUCGGACUACUGACCAAGAAGGGCAUGGACCGCUUCGGCGCCGUGUAUCAAGAGUACUACCAACACCAAAGCCAAAGCCAAGGCAGCCACCCCCAGCAGCCGAACAUUGCUCGACUGGAAGAACUCUCAGGCGGCGAAUUACAUCCUGGAGCCAAAGACAGCGUCGAGAUCGUGGGAGUUUGGGACACCGUGGGGUUCCAUGAUCCAAAACCCAUCCUGGGGAACAACGACACAGGCGAACAAUUCGAGUUCUAUAAUACCGCUCUAUCGUCGCGGGUCAAUUAUGGGUUCCAUGCCUUGUCGCUGGACGAGACGCGAGAGGCGUUUCUGCCGACUUUGUGGGAUUCCGAGAUCGGGGUGACCACGAACACGAACGGUUCAAACAGCGUCAAACAAGUCUGGUUCAGCGGCACGCAUGCCAUUGGAGGCGGAGAUAAGGACUCGAUACUCGCGGACAUCGCGUUGGGCUGGAUGGUAUCGGAAUGCAACAGCACAAAGACGCUGUCGUUUGUCGAUGUCGAUGAAAGUGAUAGGAUGUCGUACUUGCUUGCUGAAUCGACUACUAGUGCCAGUGCAGCAGCAGGUGGUGCCGACACGCCCUGGGCUACCGCAACAUAUCCCCCAGCGAUCGACACAGCAGCAGGUGGAGGGGCCAGUGGUCUAUUGUCAAGCCUCAAGAAAAAGGCCACAGACGCCUUCUGGACCGUGACUAAUUGGGUUUUACCGCCCAAGUCGGGCGUCCGGACUCCUAAUGCCGCAGGACUCGAUCCCGCCAGAACUAACGAGCGGCUUCAUCAAUCGAUUCGGGACCGGAGAUUUGAUCGCUGGCCGUGUCGUCCCGUCAAGGGCCGUGUCCCGGGACAGACGAGCCGGUGGCAACUUGCGCACAAGCCUGGUGCCGUGCUUGAUGAGUCCGUUCCUGGUGAUGUCGAGUCGAUGUUGAAGGGAAGAAUCAGGCCUGUAGGGUAG